UUUCUAUCCACUCUGGUCUCACCCCUCUGCUGGCCUGCCUGCCUGCCUGCCUUGCCAAAACCGAGCCAGUCGGUCUGACCUUCCCAGACAAUUUUCAUCCAAAAAAGAAAGCUACACCAGAUUUCAGAAUGUCGUCCACUUAUAGGAGCACCUCUUACAGUGUGAAAAGCUCUGCCCCAAGGAGCUUCAGCAGCAGUUCCUACGCUGGACCAGGCGGUAUCACCUCCCGCAGGAGCUACAGUGUCAAGAGUUCCUAUGGAGGAGCCAACAGGGGCUUUGGAGGAGGUGCUGGAAUCACCAGCUCCUCUGCCUACGGCCUGAGCUCAAGCAUGGGUGGCGCAGGCAUGGGUAUGGGUAUGGGUAUGGGCUAUGGCAUGGGUGGUGGCAUGGGAAUGGGUGGUCAGGCCCCUAUCACCGCUGUGACUGUGAACAAGAGUCUGCUGGCCCCCCUGAACCUGGAGAUUGACCCCACCAUCCAAGCAGUCCGCACCCAGGAGAAGGAACAGAUCAAGACCCUCAACAACCGCUUUGCCUCUUUCAUUGACAAGGUCCGCUUUUUGGAGCAGCAGAACAAAAUGCUGGAGACCAAGUGGAACCUGCUGCAGGGACAGACCACCACCCGCUCCAACAUCGACGCCAUGUUCGAGGCCUACAUCAGCAACCUGCGCAGACAGCUGGACAGCCUGGGCAACGACAAGAUGAAGCUGGAGGCUGACCUACACAACAUGCAGGGCCUGGUGGAGGACUUCAAGAACAAGUAUGAAGAUGAGAUCAACAGGCGUACAGAGUGUGAGAACGACUUUGUCCUCAUCAAGAAGGAUGUUGAUGAGGCCUACAUGAAUAAGGUUGAGCUGGAGGCUAAGCUGGAGAGUCUGACAGAUGAGAUCAACUUCCUCAGAUCGAUCUAUGAGGAGGAACUGCGUGAACUCCAGAGCCAGAUCAGGGACACUUCAGUUGUUGUGGAAAUGGACAACAGCCGCAACCUGGACAUGGACGCCAUUGUUGCUGAAGUGAAGGCUCAGUACGAGGACAUCGCCAACCGCACACGCGCCGAGGCAGAGACAUGGUACAAGACCAAGUAUGAAGAGAUGCAGACAUCCGCCACAAGAUAUGGAGAUGACCUGAGGGCUACCAGGACAGAGAUAUCAGACCUCAACCGCAUGAUCCAGAGACUGACAUCAGAGAUUGAUGCCGUCAAGGGACAGCGUGCCAACCUGGAGGCCCAGAUUGCUGAGGCUGAGGAGCGUGGUGAGAUGGCAGUGAAGGAUGCCAAAUCCCGCAUCAAGGACCUGGAAGACGCCCUGCAGAGAGCCAAACAGGACAUGGCCCGCCAGAUCAGAGAAUACCAGGACCUGAUGAACGUCAAGCUGGCUCUGGACAUUGAGAUCGCCACAUACAGGAAACUUCUUGAGGGAGAGGAGGACAGGCUGGCAAACGGCAUCAAGUCUAUCAACAUCUCCCAACAGAGCACAAGCUAUGGUGGUUUCCCCAUGGAUUCCGUCAAGAGCAGCUACUCAAGCGGUUACUCCAGCAGUUACGGUGGUGGAUACGGUGGCGGAUACGGCGGUGGAUACGGCAGCAGCUCCGGUGGCUUCAGCAGCGGCAGCGGCUACAGCAGCAGCACCCAGAGCAAGAAGAACGUCGUUAUUAAGAUGAUUGAGACCAAGGACGGCAGAGUGGUGUCUGAGUCCUCUGAGGUCAUUGCGGAUUGAGCCUUCUAGUUUAGAGCUGUAGCUAAAUGUCUGCUAUGAUCUCCUCUGCCUCUCCGGUAGUUUUAUACUCACAGUUCACUUCCCCCCAAACUAUUGCAAUAAACAAGUCUGAAGGAGAAUGCUUGCCAACCACUCUACAAUAAAGCCUUAAAUAUGUUUUUCAUGAAGCAAUAAAAAGUCCUAACACUACCAUAGAUAUUAAAGGGACCAAAGAAUUUAUUUUGUAUGUCUGAUGUCUGACUGUCUGUACUAAAACAGUAGUUUGAAGUUGUAUCUCAGAAAGUGAGAUUAAAAACUGGGCAAAUUGCAAAGUAUGAGAAAGAAAAAAUAACUCUCCUAAACUAUGCAACAGCUUUUCCCACACACGAAGGACUGCUCCCUUCAAAACUAUGAUGCAAGGAACGCACAGUGGCGUUGUCAAAGGAAUGUGAAUGUACUGAAACAGUGCUUCAGUGUUGUUGGUCAACUAAUGUCUUAAAAAGAAAAAAAAGCCUGCUACAGUAGGUAGUGCAUGUCUUCCCUGUGCGCGUCCUGUAACUGAAAAAUGUUCGACCCCUUAGGAGACUGCCCACAUCAUACUGUUGUCCUGAGGUGCUGUUUUUUGCUACCAAACCAAAUAAAAAAUGUGUUUACUGACAG